GCAGAGGGACGCUCCGCCUCUGUCGGUACGGUUCUGAGGGGGUCCGGAGGAGCAGCGAUGCCGCUGUACGAGGGCCUGGGAAGCGGCGGGGAGAAGACCGCGGUGGUGCUCGACCUGGGCGAGGCCUUCACCAAGUGUGGUUUUGCAGGUGAAACAGGACCAAGAUGCAUUAUUCCUAGUGAAAUAAAGAAACCUGAUGUUUCUAAGCCUGUCAAAGUUGUUCAAUAUAAUAUCAACACAGAGGAGCUAUAUUCAUAUCUGAAGGAAUUUAUUCAUAUGUUAUAUUUCAGGCAUCUGCUGGUGAAUCCCAGAGACCGUCGUGUUGUGAUCAUAGAAUCUGUCCUCUGCCCUUCCCACUUCAGAGACACUCUUGCAAGAGUCCUUUUCAAGCAUUUUGAGGUACCUUCUGUCUUGUUUGCUCCAAGCCAUCUCAUGUCUCUUCUGACGCUUGGGAUCAACUCUGCAAUGGUGCUAGACUGUGGAUAUAAAGAAAGCUUGGUGCUGCCUAUUUAUGAGGGAACUCCAAUUCUGAGCUGCUGGGGUUCUCUUCCUUUGGGAGGAAAAGCCAUCCACAAGGAGCUGGAGUAUCGGCUGUUGGAGCAGUGCACGGUUGAUACAGGAUUAGCCAAAGGACAAAGCCUUCCAUCUGUAAUGGGCUCUGUUCCAGAAGACGUAGUAGAGGACAUAAAAGUUCGCACUUGCUUUGUGAGUGAUCUCCAACGUGGACUGAAAAUCCAAGCAGCCAAGUUCAACAUUGAUGGCAGUGCUGAGCGUCCUUUGCCGCCUCCAGAUGUGGACUAUCCUUUAGAUGGUGAAAAGAUUCUCCAUGUGGUUGGCUCCAUCCGAGACUCAGUUGCGGAAAUACUGUUUGAACAGGAUAAUGAAGAGACAUCUGUUGCCACUUUGAUCUUGGACUCACUCAUUCAGUGUCCCAUAGACACCAGGAAGCAGUUGGCAGAGAACUUGGUGGUUAUGGGUGGCACUGCCAUGUUGCCAGGAUUCCUCCACAGACUCAUGGCUGAAAUCAGAUACCUGGUGGAGAAACCGAAAUACAAAGAAGUCCUUGCGACUAAAACCUUCAAAGUUCACACUCCACCUGCCAAACCCAACUAUGUGGCGUGGCUGGGAGGAGCCAUCUUUGGAGCACUUCAGGACAUACUUGGGAGCCGGUCUGUGUCCAGAGAGUAUUACAGCCAGACGGGGCGCAUACCUGACUGGUGCUGUCUGAGUAAUCCUCCGCUGGAGAUGAUGUUUGAUGUUGGAAAAGCACCCCCACCACUGAUGAAGAGGGCUUUUUCUACUGAGAAAUGAGCUCCUAAAUGCUACACGAGGAUUCUCCUCAUCUGUUUCAAGUACAUAUACGUAUAUAUAAAUAUAAGUAGGAUUUUUUUAUAUGAAGUAAUCUGUGUGUAAUGCCAUUAAAUAUGAGCAGUGUGGAUGUUCUGGGAGAGUACAGUGGUAGUUACUAACACUGUAUGUGGAACUGUGAUGUAUUGUUUGAAGAUGAGUUCUGUUUACUCCUGUGCUACUUUGUCACGCAGUGAAGAAGUGGAAUGUAGUCACGAGUUGUAGCUCACUGAGUUCUGGUAUGGGUGCAGUGAAUGACGUUGUGAAGGUGCUUUAAGGUAUUUUGAUGUAAAGCAUUCUGAGAAGACCAAAGGAUCGUCUGCUUUGGGAGGCAUCUGGAAGUUUUCCUGCCAAAUGGAAGUGCUUUACAUGGGGUCAUAUGUUGGACCUGCUAGGAACUGGCUUGGGCUGCAUAGCAAAGUUGCUGGAGCAGUAUUUCCCCUGAGAAGUGAGUACUGCUUUCAGUGUUUCAGCAAAGAACUGUGCUAUGUGUAACUCCCCUGCAGUGCUGAGCUGACACUCUCCCAGUGUCUCCUCCGGGAAGGAAUUUAACUGUUUAAGAAUUAUGAACAGGCGUGCAAAGGAAAUGUUGGACCUCACUGAAAUGCCACAUUCAGAAGUCAUUUCUUUGCCCUCCUUUCCCAUCAGAAUUAUUAAACUUCCCUGUCUGGCAGCAGUGUGUAUUAAA